UGGACACAAGAAUGAAGCUUCUGGAACCAUGGAAGUUAGCCCUUAUUGUUCUGGCCGUCGUGUUCUUUAUGGCACUAGUCAUCGGUCUGCUUGUAUAUUUUUUGCUCUUUGAUCAGGAUAUGUACUUUUACAAUGGGACCUUUAAAAUCACUAAUGUCCAGUACAACCGUGAGUUUGACAAGCACACCUCAAAAGAGUUCAGAGACCUGAGCACAAGCAUCGAGAUGCUGGUGACCAAUACAUUUCGAGCCUCCAUUUUAAAUAAGAAGUACAUCAGGUCCCAUGUCGUCAAGCUGAGCCCCGAUGCCAGCGGAGUGGUGGUAGAGCUUGUGCUGAUGUUUGAAUUCGCCUCAAACGAUAACAGAGCGGCUCUCUCAGAAAGAAUCAAGAGCAUUUUGCUUAGGCGGUUGCAGACAAACACAGGGCACUUGGAAAUUGACCCCUCAACUUUUAAAUUCUCAGGGAUGAAGAAGGAAAAUGGAGAAAACCUUUUCAACAACUGUUGUGGGAUACAAGGAAGUAAAUCACCUUCUUACAUGGACAGAAUAACUGGAGGCGUGUCUGCCCAGGAUGGCGAGUGGCCAUGGCAAGCUAGUCUUCAGCUGAACGGUAUCCAUCGCUGCGGCGCAACGCUGAUCAGUGACACAUGGCUUGUCACUGCAGCUCACUGCUUUAGAGGACAACUGAAUCCCCUUAGGUGGACGGCUAGCUUUGGGACUGUUCUAAGACCUCCGAAAAGCAGAAGAUCUGUCCGCAACAUAAUCAUUCAUGAAAAAUACACUAAUACCAUUCCAAACCACGAUUUUGACAUCGCUGUUGUGCAGCUCUCCUCCCCCGUGGAAUUUACCAGCGACAUACGCGUGGUCUGUCUCCCCGAAGAAUUUUACGUCUUCCCACAUGACACUACCUGCUUCGUCACGGGAUGGGGCGCUUUACAGAAUCAAGGUCCAAGCAUUAAUAAUCUUCGGCGAGGGGAAGUGAAGAUCAUAGGCACGGACAUUUGCAAUAGAGCAGAAGUGUACAAUGGGGCCAUCAAGCCUGGGAUGGUGUGUGCUGGAUACUUGGAGGGGAAAAUAGAUGCCUGCCAGGGUGACUCUGGUGGCCCCCUGGUCACUGAAGAUCGUAGAGGAAUCUGGUACCUUGUUGGAAUAGUGAGCUGGGGAGACGAAUGUGCUAAACCAAAUAAACCGGGCGUCUACACUCGAGUGACUUACUAUCGGGAUUGGAUUGCCGCAAAAACUGGCAUCUGA